GAUGAUGCUAACUGUCAAUAAUUUUGUGAGUCACCAGAAGAAGCCUUAUUGCCAUGCACAUAACCCCAAGAACAACACAUUCACCAGUGUGUAUCAGAGCCCAUUAAAUAUGAAUUUGAAAAAACAGUCAGAAGCAGGUAGUGAGAUGAAAUAUGGAGAAGAUGGAGAACAGUUUAAAUCUGUUUUUCACUGGGACAUGAAAUCCAAAGAUGAGACAGCUACACAUAAGAUGCCAGAACUGGCCAAUGAGAAAGCUUAUUGGGCUACAUAUGGUGAGGGGAAUUCUUGGUCCCCUGGAACUCUCCCAGACCCUGAAAUUGUAAGAAUGGUUGAAGCGCAGAAGUCUCUAAGUGAGUAUUCAGAAGCCUAUGAAGAGCAGAGAGGCAAGGGCAGUUUUCCAGCUAUGAUCACACCUGCUUACCAACGAGCUAAGAAAGCCAAUGAAUUGGCUAGCCAGGUGCAUUAUAAACGUGGGCAUGAUGAACGUGUUUCCAGGUUCACCACAGUGGCAGAUACCCCUGAUCUCCUGCAUGCCAAGGCUAGUGGACAGCUUCAAAGUGAUGUGCAGUACAUGGAAGAUUAUGAGCAGCAGAGAGGAAAAGGUAGCUUCCCUGCCAUGAUCACUCCAGCCUACCAGAUCGCAAAAAGAGCCAAUGAGCUAGCCAGUGAUGUUAGAUAUCACCAACAAUACCAUAAGGAGAUGAAGGGGAAAGCCAGCCAUGCAGCUGCUGGAGCUGAGGGCCCUUGGGCAAAGGAAUAUGGAGAUCAAUUUGGCCAGGACUAUUCAGAAGAAUAUGAAGAGGCCAGGGGAAAAGGUAGCUUUCCCGCUAUGAUCACACCUGCUUAUCUGAAUGCGAAGAAAGCCAACGAACUGGCAAGUGAUAUAAAAUACAGGCAGGAUUUCAAUAAGAUGAAAGGGGCUGCUCACUAUCACUCACUUCCAGCCCAAGACAACUUGGUCCUAAAGCGUGCCCAGAGUGUGAACAAACUUGUCAGUGAGGUGGAGUAUAAGAAAGAUCUGGAAAAUAGUAAAGGCCACAGUAUUAACUACUGUGAGACUCCUCAGUUCAAGAAUGUCAGCAAGAUCUCAAAAUUCACCAGUGAUAAUAAAUACAAGGAAAAUUACCAGAACCAAAUGAAAGGCCACUAUGAAGGUGUUGGCAUGGACCGGCGUACUCUACAUGCCUUGAAGGUCGCAAAUCUGGCAAGCAAUAUAGCCUAUAAAUCUGAUUAUAAACACGACAACGUUGAUUACAACUACCCAGCGACUCUUACUCCUUCCUAUCAGACAACUAUGAGGCUCAUUCCCCUGAAGGAUGUCAACUAUAGGCAGAACAUUGACAAAUUGAAGUACAGCUCUGUGACCAAUACUCCGCAUAUCGUUCAAGCAAAGAUCAACGCACAACAACUCAGUCAUGUGAAUUAUCGGGCAGAUUAUGAAAAAAACAAGUUGAAUUAUACCCUGCCACAAGAUGUACCUCAGUUAGUAAAAGCAAGAGCCAAUGCUGAGCUGUUCAGUGAGGUUAAGUACAAAGAAGGUUGGGAGAAGACAAAGGGCCGAGGGUUUGAGAUGAAGCUGGAUGCCAUGCCUUUGUUGGCUGCCAAAGCCUCGGGGGAGCUUGCUAGCAACAUUAAAUACAAAGAAGACUACGAAAAAACAAAAGGGAGAGCCAUGGGAAACAAAGAUUCAAGGCUUUUGCACUCCCUGCAGGUGGCCAAGAUGAGCAGUGAGGUUGAAUACAAGAAAGGGUUUGAAGAGAGUAAGACUCACUUCCACUUGCCUAUGGAUAUGGUCAACAUCCAGCACGCCAAGAAGGCCCAGGGUCUAGCCAGCGACCUGGGCUACAGGAAGAAGCUGCAUGUCUAUACUGCGCUCCCCGAGGACAUAAAAACCAACUGGGCCAAAAAAGCCUCCAAGCUUCAGAGUGAGUUGCAGUACAAGGCAGACCUGACAUGGAUGAAGGGAGUUGGGUGGAUGGCAGAGGGGAGUCUCAAUAUAGAACAAGCCAAGAAAGCCGGAGAGCUGAUUAGUGAGAAAAGGUACAGGCAGAGAGCUGAUGCUCUGAAGUUCACCAGUGUUACUGACAGUUCCCAAAUGGAACAUGCCAAGAGAAGCCAGGAGCUGCAGAGUAAUGUGGCUUAUAAAUCUGGGAACGAGCAUUGUAUUCAUCAAUAUACCAUCAGCAAAGAUGAGCCACUCUUCCUGCAGGCCAGAGCUAAUGCCCAGCAUCUCAGUGAGAAACUGUAUAAGAGCAGCUGGGAGAAACAGAAGGCAAAAGGAUUUGAACUUCAUCUGGACUCCUUGUCUUUUCUGUCAGCCAAGGCCAAGAGGGACCUCGCAAGUGAUAUAAAAUAUAAGGAGGACUAUGAGAAGUCCAGAGGCAAAUUGAUUGGAGCCCAGGGUGUCCAGGGUGAUUCUCAGAUGGCUCAUUCUCUCCAAGUAUCCAAGCUGCAGAGUGAUCUGGAAUACAAGAGAAGAUUUGAAGAUGUCAAAACUCAGUGCCAUGUUCCCAUGGAUAUGAUCCACCUUGUUCAUGCUCAGAAGGCCCAACAUUUAGCCACAGACAUAGGAUAUAAGACAGCCCUGCAUCAAUUUACCGCUCUGCCAACAGACAUGAAAGUGGAAUGGGCAAGGAAGGCAUAUGGUUUGCAAAGUGAUAACCAAUAUAGAGCCGAUUUGAACUGGAUGAAAGGAGCCGGAUGGAUAGCCACUGGGUCAUUAAAUGUGGAACAGGCUAAGAAGGCAGGAGAACUCAUUAGUGAGAAGAAGUACCGUCAGCAUCCGUGGGCUUUGAAGUUUACCAGUAUUAAAGACACUCCUGAGAUGGUCCAGGCUAGAAUUAGUUAUACCCAAGCAGUGGAUAGGCUCUACAGGGAGCACGGAGAAGACAUAAAACAUCAUUACACUCAGACUACUGACCUCCCUGAAGUACUCCUGGCCAAACUGAACGCCAUGAACAUCAGUGAGACACGAUACAAAGAAUCCUGGAGCAAGCUUAGAGAUGGUGGCUAUAAACUGAGGCUAGAUGCCCUUCCAUUCCAGGCUGCAAAAGCGUCAAGUGAAAUCAUAAGCGAUUACAAAUACAAAGAGGCGUUUGAGAAAAUGAAAGGGCAGAUGCUUGGAUCUCGAAGCUUGGAAGAUGAUAUCAGCCUCUCACAUUCGGUUCACGCAACCUCAGUCCAAAGUGAUGUGAACUACAAGAAAGGCUUUGAACAUUCAAAGACUCAGUUCCAUCUGCCGUUGGACAUGGUAACCUUGGUGCACGCCAAGAAGGCCCAGAGCUUGGCCAGUGACCAGGACUACAAACAACUGCUCCACAAGUACACAUCCUUGGCAGAAGACCUGAGGUUACGCUGUGCCAAAAAAGCUUACCAACUGCAGAGUGAGAAUUUGUACAGAUCUGACCUAAACUUUAUGAGAGGUGUUGGUUGUGUUAUUCCAGGGACUUUGGAGAUUGAAGGAAGAAAGAAAGCAUCUGAACUCAUCAGUGAGAGUAAAUAUCGCCAGCAGCCCCAGUCCUUCAGGUACACAGCUGUGACAGACUCACCAGGACUCCUUCAUGCAAAAUUCAGCAAUCAGAUUACUAAUGAGCGCCUCUAUAAAGCAGCAGGGAAGGAUACAAGUCACCAAUACACAGUGACCCUGGGUCUUCCUGAGUUUAUCAGGGCAAAAAUAAAUGCAGCCAACCUUAGUGAGGCAAAAUACAAGGAGUCUUGGCAUAAUCUAUGUGCUCAAGGCUACAAGCUGACAAUGGAAGCAAUCCCUUUCCAGACUGCAAGGGCCUCCCGAGAUAUCGCCAGUGAUUGUCAGUAUAGACAUGACUUUGUGAAGGAGAGAGGGAAACUUAUUGGAGCCAGAAGCAUUCUGGAUGACCACAGACUUCAGCACUGCCUGCGAGUGGGGAAACUACAGAGUGAACAGCAGUACAGGAGGGAGGCCCCAGGCAGCAAUACUCAGUACCACCUCCCCAUGGACGUGGUGAACCUGGUCCAUGCUCGCAAGGCUCAGGCCCUGGCAAGCGAGCAUGAUUAUAGGACGAGGUGCCAUGACUUUACAGCCCUUCCUGAGGACUUGAAGCUGUAUUGGGCCAAGAAAGCCCAUGCACUACAGAGUGAGUCACGCUACAAAUCAGACCUGAACUCCAUGAAGGGACUGGGCUGGCUGGCGCUGAGAUCCCCACAGAUAGAAAAUGUAAAGAAGGCUGGUGAACUCAUCAGCGAGGCUAAAUAUCGUCAAAAGCCGGACAGUAUCAAGUUCACUACCGUGGUUGACUCCCCAGACCUGGUCCAUGCCAAGAACAGCUACCUGCAGUGCAAUGAUCGUCUCUACAGAGCUGGGGACUCAGAAUCAAUGCACAGAUACACUUUCCUUCCUGAUCACCCUGACUUCAUCCGAGCCCGUCUCAAUGCUCUUCAUCUUAGUGACAAAACAUAUAAGACCUCUUGGGAACAGAUCCGAGCAGCUGGCUAUGACUUCAGGCUGGAUGCCAUCCCUUUCCAGACUGCCAGAGCCUCUCGAGAGAUUGCCAGUGAUUUCAGGUACAAAGAGGCCUUCCUGAGGGAUCGGGGCCUCCAGAUCGGCUACCGCAGCGUGGAUGAUGACCCAAGGACAAAGCACUUCCUCACCAUGGGUAAACUCCAGAGCGACAAUGAGUACAAAAGGGAAUUCAUCCAGAGUAGGCCCCGGUUCCAGAGCCGGAUGGACCAGCCUGGGUUUAUCCACGCCAAGAAGAGCCAGGAGCUGGCCAGUGAUGUCAACUACAGACAGCACUUGCACCAGUACACCUGUGACCCAGAGCAACUCAACCUGAAGCAUGCCCAGAGGGCCCACAAACUGCAAAGUGAUGUCAAGUAUAAAUCUGACUUGAACUUGACUAGAGGCAUUGGCUGGACUCCUCCAGGCUCCUAUAAAGUGGAAAUGGCUAGAAGAGCAGCUGAACUGGCCAAUGCCCGGGGCUCAAGAUUUCAGGGUCCCCAUGCAAGGACUGAUCCCUCAGGGGAGGAGGACAAUAACCAGGGGAAUGUGAACCCAGAUGCUACUGAGAUUUUGCAUGUAAAACGGAAGAAGGCCCAUCAGCUUGUAAAUGAGCAGCCUGCAUGCAGAGUGUUUGACAAGGAAAUUGGAUAUAGAAGUAGCCCCCAUCCCCCCAUCCCUCAGAUCCCUCCAAAAGGGACAUUUUAGAUUCGUGAGGUUUGGAGGGCUGCCUAAGGUGCAUGACAGUGCCCAUCCCCUCCUCACCAUUUCUGAAAAUCAGCAGUAUUACUAGGGUGUCUUUUUUUUUUUUAAACAUUUUUGA